AUGCCGAUCUUCCAUCGUGACUCCAUUGCGAGCUCAUCCUCCUCGGGCCAUGACAUCGAGGAGCCCCAUCAGGCCCACAGGAGCAACUCACUGUUCGGGGGCCGCUCCUCACAUUCGGCCCACUCAUCUAGAUCUUCAACAUCUUCAAGAUCCUCGAAAUCAGGCGCAUCGCACCAUAGCCGUCGUCACCAUAGCCUCUUCCAGCGUUCUCCCGAGGACCCGUCGAUUCAAGCUGCCCGCGAACGGGUUCUCCGUGCCGAAACCGCGGAGCGCGAAGCAGAUAAGGCGCUCAUGACAUCUAAAUUAGCUGUCAAGGAGGCCAGGGAUCAUGUAAAGAACAUUGAACGUGAAGCUGCCGAAGAGGCCCGAAUGGCCAAGAUCAAACAGGACCAAGCUAAAUCAAUCUCGAAGAGAGCCAAGCCGCUCGGACGUAAGGAUUGA